UGCCGCUCGCCACNCUUCAGCCACCGCCGCCCGCCCGCACCGGUGGGCGAGGCGGCGCCCCACGCGCCUGGCUUCACCGCCGUUUCGCCGCCCGAAGACCCCGCCCGACGGACACACCAGCGCCGUCUUGGCGCCUACGCUGGCGUUUCGCAAGGUCGAAAAGGGGGCUCCGCGAGCUCAAACUUGUGGCUCCGCAUCCGCCGGAUCCCCCGCUGCUUUUUCGGGGGCGGCGCCCCUCGCGCGCGCCCAGCGAGGAGGCAGAGCGAGGCACGGGCGAAGAAGCGCGGCAGGUUGAAGGUGCUAAAAUGGGAAACAAUGGCAGCACCGCACCUGGGCGGCGGCUGCGCAGAAACUUUUCCUGCCUGGCGCGCCUUUCUGGGCCACGCGCCGGCUCCACGCCACAGCGACCGACCGGCAACAGACUACGCGCGCCCCCUUUUUUUUUGUUGUCGGUGACGCCGCUGAGUCAGGAGGAAGCGCCCUACUGA